GUUUCAACAGUUCUUCAGAGGAUUUUUCUCACUGCUCAUGGCUCAACAAAACUUGCCAGAUUUGUAAGAGCUGCCAACUCCACUGCAAUUCCAUUCAGUCUUAGUGCCAACAGAGAGAUGAGGUAGAGAAACAGGUUUUGAUGGAGCUCCACGAGUCUUUACCAGCAGUGUUUCAAAACUGUGACUUCCCAGUUUUCCUUCCUAUUAUACCUCAGCUGGCUUACUAUCUUUUAACUUACAUAAACGUCAAGGAUAUUUGGACAUCUCUACUUCUAUGUUUAUCUGCUUUAACAGAUAAACUACCAUUAUUUGUGCCUUAUGCUGAGAUGACAGAGAAAGUGAUGGCUAUAGCUGGACUUGCAAUAAUGGAAGAAGCAAAACUGAUCUUCCUAAAGGUUCUCGAUGCCCUCCAACUAAGGAUGGUAUUGGACUCUGCUCUCAACUUGUUGCCAUUUACCAAAGGAGAAAAACCUAUAGUGAUAAUUCUGAAAGCUACUGCAGCAAGACUUAAAAAAAUACAAAACCUAGAGGAGAUAUUAGAAGAACGAUGUGGUGAUGCCAUUGGACACCCUUCUUCAGUACAUUCUAUUCAGGCAGUUAAGAGUGUAGACAGAGAUGAUAGUGAAACUUCAGAAAUUGGAAGUUGUGGUAGUGUUUCAGAAGAGGAUUCAGACUGGGAUAGCUGGAAUGAUGACAGCAACAAGGAACAUUUGGCAGUGGUUGAAGUAAUUCAGUAUUUUCUUCUUGGAAUAAAAGAUUUAAAAUCAUCUGGAAAAUCUACAAAUAAUCUUAUUUGCCUUGAAGCUGCACUCAACCUCUUAGAAAAUUGGGAAAAGAAGAUACUCCUCCAGCUUGUUACUGAGAUUUGAUGAUAUUUUUCCCUAAAUAAUUAAUCCGACUUUUUGUGCAUUUAAUGUACUUUUAAUUCUUUGUUACUCAGCAUAGUUCCCCACAUUGAGUUAUAUGGCAGUUGAGAUCACUCAAACUUAUAGAACACACUAUGAAAAAAUUAUAAUAUUUGAUACUUUAUGGAACUAACUGUUGCAUUCUACCGAUUGCAUAUAACAUUUGAUUCGAAAAAGUCGGCCAAACUGUUAAUUGUUACAGUGUACCUUGCAUGAUAGUUAAAAAAUGAUCAAAAAGUUUGAACGUGAGACAACUCAAAAUUUUCAUUAACUUCUUCAAAAGAACUAAUCUAGUUGACAGUCAGUUACAGCUGCUGAAUGUAAAUUUGAAUAACUAAAUUAUUUACCAAACUAUCUUGUUUUGUCAGGUGCUCAUUUAAAACAGUAUUAACGAAUAUUUGAGAAUUUAAUGUAUUUGCAUUGUAGCACUUUUCAACAAGAAGAAAUGAUUAAUAAAAAUGUAACAGUUGUUACAAACAUAUA